AUGUCCCUCGAAAAGAUCCCCGCCUCGGACAUCAAAGUCGUCAAAUCGGGCGACACCUACCAAGUUGAAGGCCGCCCCCGCGAAACCUUCACAAUCCUAAAAACCCACCACCCGUCCAACCUCCCCGGGAAACAAAUCAUCGUCGGCAAGAUCCUCAUGGACCCCAACUCCGCUAGUCCCCCCCACACGCACGGGGGCGCCGCGAUCGUGGCCGUUGUCACCGAGGGCACGGUCCUCAACCAGAUGAAUGAGGAUGAGCCGAUUCUUACCAGUAAGGGUGAGGUCUUCUAUGAGAGUCCUGGGUGCCACCAUGUGCGCAGCGAGAAUAAUACGGAUGGCAGGGCGGAGUUUAUUGCGGUGUUGGUUGUGGAUGAUGAGGUUGUGAAGGAUGGAUAUCAGAAUAUCUUUGUGUUGGAUGCGGAGAGGACGUCGAAGUAG